GGUCUUAUCACUCUUCUUCCUCUUAGAUUGCGCUGGCUCCGUACCAGCAUUUAGAGGAAGACAUGAUUAGCCUAAAGCAAGUUUUGGAAAUGAAGAAUCAACUCAUUCAUCAACAGGAAAAAAGGAUCAUGGAGCUGGAAAAGCUGGCUGAAAAGAACUUAAUAUUGGAAGAAAAGAUUCAGGUGCUUCAACAGCAAAAUGAAGACCUCAAAGUCCGGAUUGAUCAGAAUACCGUAGUGACCAGACAGUUAUCUGAAGAAAAUGCUAAUCUUCAGGAGUAUGUUGAAAAGGAAACCAAGGAAAAGAAGAGGCUGAGUAGGACUAAUGAAGAGCUGCUGUGGAAACUUCAGACAUCAGAACCCAUGAGUCCUGUUAAACUAUCUCCAACCUCUCCAACCCACAUUUAUCGCUCUUCAUCAGGACCUCCUACCCCUGCAAAAGUGAGCAUAGUGCCAAGAUGACCAGGCCAGGACAGCUGAUUCAGAUGACAUAUCCCUGACAAUUUCCCCGUCUGCUGAAUGUUAUCAACCAAGAAAGUAUUAACCACAGUAGAAAUAGAUACCUAAAAACUUUUACUGUAUCAGUCUACUCUCUAGCUGUAUAUGGCUAGGUGGGCUAAUCUUGUAGUUCUAGCAUCAGAAGCUCCUAGGAAUGACAUGCUGAUGCCAUAGAAUAUCAUAAUCCAGUGUCGUCCAAUGAACUAGAGCCAAAAGUAAAGGAAAACUCUUAUGACUACUUACUGUUCACUCUGAAUGAACUUCUUUUUGCUGCAGUAUUUCAGGUUAGUUGCCAAGUUCAUAUUUUGAAUAGCUGUGUGUAUGUGUUUGUGGCUCUAGUAGGUAUGGAUGGUGCAUCCAUGCACAUAAGGUGGGGUACUUGUAAGGCAGGAAUACACACCUCUGUAUAUGUAGCAGAAUCUCUUCUGAAUUGCAUUUUUAUAUGAAUUGAUUCUACAAGAAGUGCUGAUAUAUUUUCAUGACGGUCAGCAAUUUUCUAACAUGUGCCUAAGAAUUAUACUGAAAUGAAAUAAUUUUUUUGUUAAUGCUUCCCAGGAAUAUUUCUACCCAAACUAGAAGUUACACAAAAGUAGAAGCACCUUCCAAAUGACCACCACGUGGUAUAUUUUCUAAAGCAAAAUGCCAGCGACUUUUAAAUUCUUAACUAGUUACUGCCUUCAAAAACAAUUGCUUUUCUAACCAAUGCUAGACAGACACAGUCACUCAUCCUGUAGGACAAUUUUAAAAUUCUUAGCAUUGUUUUGAGUACAGAAGAGACAAAGGAGGCCACCUCAUUUCAGUUUGUCAAGGUAUCUCCAUUUUUAGCCCAUCCAUGGGUGACAUUUUUGAAGCUUUCUGGAUUGAUAACAAGGCAAUAUGUGUGUCAGUGAAAAUUUAUAGGAUGGAGUCCUCUUGCACAAGAUACUUCUUUUGACGCAAUGGCCAUGAACCGCAAGAUGAAAGUGUGAACCUACAAUUAACAUACUUGUUAUGUUUCAUUCAAAAUUUAAGGUAUUUUGGAUGUUUUUCAUCAACAUAUUGCGCUGUUUUACAUAACAUAAGGCCCAGUUCUAUUGAAAGAUUUAUUGAUUUUUCAUCCACCAGGAGGGCUCAACUGUACCAUCAGCCCAAGCAGUAAGGGGGCACUAAUGAUGUUCUCUAGAUUCUCUUGUGAUGUUCCCAAGGAUUAGGAUUGCAUGCACUAUCAGCAUCCUCCUCAAUGCUGCCCAGCUUUGUAGAAAGCAGUUAUCAG